AUGCAAGCAUCAUUUGCUAUUCUUGUUGCUCUGGUCUUGUUGGGUUCUAUCUACUCAGCAUCGAUACCUACACAAUUUGAUCGUGAUCUUAUUCAAACUGAAGUUCAAUUCUUGGCAUCACUCACACCACAACAACGCAACAUUUGGAAUUCAAUCAAAGAUCAGUUGGUCAAUGUCACUAUUCAUACAGCUACAAGCACUCUUGGUUCUCUCUUGGGUAAACGCAAUGUUGAUGAUGCUGAAAUGGAAGUGUUCUUGUCAUCACUCACACCACAACAACGCAUCAGUUGGAAUUCAAUCAAAGACCACUUGUUUCAUGGUGCUAUGAAUACAGUUGCUAGCCAUCUUGGUGCAAUCCUUGGUAAACGCAAUGCUGACGAUGCUGAAGUUGAACUAUUCUUGACAUCACUCACACCACAACAACGCAACAUUUGGAAUUCAAUCAAAGACCAGUUGGUCAAUGUUGCUAUUCAUACAGCUACCACUACUCUUGGUUCUCUCUUGGGUAAACGUAAUACUGAUGAUGCUGAAA